AUGCUUGAAUAUAAACCUAAUAUGGUUCUGUCCAACGAAGAGUUCAGGGUUGUGGGUUCGCGGCCUGUACGCCAUGACGGCGUGGACAAGGUUACGGGACGCGCGCGCUACGCCGCCGACACCGCGAUGCCGGGCUUGCUUUAUGGAAAGAUUGUGCGCAGCCCGCAUGCUCACGCACGCAUUCGGAGCAUCGACGCGAGCCGCGCGCUUGCACUGCCGGGCGUGUAUGCGGUGGUUACGGCUGAGGAUUUCCCGGAGGCGUCCGCCGAGUUUGCGGACCAGGAAGAGGGCGCGGCGGUCAAUUACGGCUUCUUCAGCCGCAACAUUAUGGCGCGAGAGAAGGGGCUGUAUAUGGGCCAUGCGGUCGCAGCAGUGGCGGCGACAACCCAGCAUCUUGCAGAGGAAGCGGCGGAACUCAUUGAUGUGGACUACGAGGUGCUGAAGCCGGUGUUAACCGCCGAUGACGCGAUGGCUGACGACGCGCCCAUCCUGCACGAGCGUCUGCUCACGAUGGCAAGUCCCGCAUUCCGCUCGGGCGGCUACGGCGACAGCGACGAGCAGACCAAUGUCGCCAACCACUUUGUCUUUGACGACGGCGAUGUGGAGCAAGGCUUCGCGGAAGCGGAUGUCAUUGUGGAGCGCGAGUUCCACACGAAGGCGGUGCAUCAGGGCUACAUCGAACCUCACUCCGCCACAGCGUUCUGGAACGGCGACGGCAAGCUGACCGUCUGGUGCAGCACUCAGCAGCUUUUCGCCGUGCGCGAUCACAUCUCCGCUGUGCUCAACAUCCCCCUGUCGAAUGUGCAAGUCAUACCGAUGGAGAUUGGUGGCGGAUUCGGAGGCAAGGGCAUGGGCGGGAUGUACCUGGAGCCUGUUGUAUCUUUGCUGUCGCGCAAGACAGGAACAUACUCUUAA